AUGGCGUCACCCCCUGCGCAAGACGGCGAUGAAGAACAAACCGAAGCCGCCAGGCUGUUCCAAUGUUCCUACUGCCAGGCUCAAUUCCACCGGGCGGACCACCUGGUCCGCCACGUGCGGAAGCACACCAAGCAGCGCCCAUACAUAUGCUCCUACUGUGGUAAAUGCUUCAGCCGCCGGGAUCUGGUCAAGAGGCAUGAAGAGGCGCACGAGGUCAAUGGGCCAGUUGAUCUGGUGGCGCUGUCCCGCAUGCCAGAGCGCGUCGGCCAGGCCUGCCUGCGGUGCGCUGCCAAGAAGGCCAAAUGCUCAGAAGAGAAGCCAUGUCGCAGAUGCGUCGAUAGUGGCAACCUCUGUGAGUACGAGCAGUCCGGCGCGAGUACUCGGGUCGUGCCUAUGAUUCAACAGCAACCGCCCCGGCAAGGAGCACCUGAAGGCGGGCAACUGGAGUCUCCAGUCAUGAACAUCGGUAGUGUGACGACCUCGGCCCCAUCGCUGGAGCUGGGUACAUCCACGGAGGGCUACGAUGAAGUCCCUAAUUUGUCCGACUUCUCAACCCUCGUGCCGUCAUCGACGGCCGAGAUCUCGUUUGGGACGCACUGGGACAUGCAUACUAUUGACUUGUCGAUUAUCCAACAAUCCUUCCUUCCCCAAGCCGCCCCGCAGGACCUCGUGUCCUACCCGAUGCUUUCCAACGCAGGAUCAUGGGACCCGGAGCCGUCAGACAAUUCUGAGAUAGAGCACCCGAAUCUGGCCCUAAGGGAACCGGUGCCGGACAACGGGCAUGCAAGGAUGGCAUGUUCUACGCCGUCCUUGUCAACAGGAUCUCGCGACAAGAUCCUCCAUAUGAUCUUGGGGGUCACUUCACCCGCCAACGCCUCUGGCAUAUUGAGUUCUUUCCCCUCUGUCGAGGCCCUAAAUAACAUGAUCGGGUUGUUCGUGAGGCGAAGCAACAGGUCCUAUAUCGACGACUUCAUCCACCUUCCGACUCUGCGACUUGACGAACAGGAGCCUGAGCUCUUGGCUAUGUUGGCCGCUAUGGGCGCGCUGGAAGCAAACACGCCGGCCCUUCGCAAGUUCGGUUACGCGAUGCAGGAGAUUUGGGAGGAAAGCCACCAGUCCAUGCGCAACAUUUCCAUCUGCCAGGCUUUUCUUUUGCAGCAAUACAUCGCCACGUAUAGCGCAGUCAAACGCAAAAUCAUGCUCGCAGCUGCCUGCUCCAAGUGUCUAUCCUUGUUUAUUCGCAUCGGGAGCCAUGAGACGGAAGCGGUGGGUGUUCUCCAACCUGAUCAUCUGGACAUCGAAUCAGACGAAGACCUCGUCAGGGCAUGGUACAGAUGGAGUAAGACGGAAUCCCGGCGAAGGCUGAUCUAUACAGCGUAUAUCAUGGACGCCCACUCAUCAAUGGCGCACGGGCAACAGGCCGUAUACUCUUUUCUUGAUAUCGAGGUACCACCUCCUCAGCCGGCAUACAUAUGGCAAGCGGCAACGCCACGAAGAUGGAGGGAAGCCCGGUCCACUUACCAACAAUCCCUGAACACGAUUCCGCUGUCUAUUCCAUUGCAAGCUACAAUUUUCGACCCGACGAUUCUCGUCUCACGCGAAUCGCAAAUUGAUUCCGACUUUGGCAUGCUUGCGUUUCUCGGUGGAAUCUGGGGAUUUGUCAAAGAGUGCAGUCAGCUUGCGAACCCAAGAUUCGACCGAGGAGUCUGGAGCUCUCUCCUACUUGGUUCUCGUCAAGCGGAGAUUGCGUCAGUCCUACAAGUGGUAGGUCCCAAAAUCGCCUCCGGGACAACUUCGUUAGGUGUGAAGAUGCUGCACACUGUCCUGUCAAUGCAUAUCUAUGCCUCGGCGACUCAUCUGCACAUGUACCCACGAACCCAGGCCUCUGCGCUUCCAUCAUCCUCGGAGGCUGCUGGAAAUUGGCUUGAUAGCGCUGACUGCCGUCCUGCCUUGUGGCUGGCGGGCCGUGUACUGCGUGUCGCUAGGAAAUUUUCACAAGGUAUGCUCCGUGAUAUUUACGCCGUUUCUGUUUUCCAAGCAGCGACCGUGCUUUGGUAUUACGGACAUUUAUCAGGGGCUCAUGCAAGAAGCUCGUCGGUGCACCAACCGCGAUCAGUUGUGGCCUUAGAUGCAGAUGAGACCACCGAGAUGGACGUAAAGCGGAAAAAUUCGGAGCCUGCUUUGCUCGGGCUCGGGAAGACAGCGAUUCGCUUGACCAGUCUGCCAUCGAUGAUGGAGCUUGUUCGGGAAAUUCUGCACCAGAACUGGACCGAAGGUUUAAUGCCUCAAGGUACCGAGGAAAUAUGCUUAGCUCUAGAAAAUUUGGUGCGGGCAUCACAGCCGUCAGAGGCGUACUACCCACUCGGUUUCCCGACCUCAGUGUUUGGAUAG